AUUAGGUGAAAGUUGUAAUUCUCACAAUGCAGUGCACAAGAAUUCUUAGAGCUGCACAACGUGCAAAUCUUACUGGUUUCGACCCAAAAGCAUUAGCUGCCGCUUCUGGUAAAAAUGCAGGCGACCCAUGGGCACGACGUGAAGCUUGGAGAUAUCAAGGACAAUACUCGAGGCGGAAUCGAUUUUCGAACACUUUCCCUGGAUUAGGCAUUGCGACGGUAGCUUUUGCAGCAUAUUGCGGAUACGAAUACUUCUUUUUGGCGGACGAACAUCACGGACAUGCAGAGGGUCAUGGCGAUGGACAUCACUAAAGAAUAAAUUGAUGGAAAGUUGUUGUACAUAUGGGUUAAAUUUUAUCCUUGAGACUGAUCCCCUCAUUCUCAACACGCACUGCGCACGCUCCAUGUAUAUGGAUAUGAUUUGAAUUCUUUAUUUCUCUGUGAGGAGGCAAAACAUUGACGACUCACUUUCC